AAAGCUGAAAAAUUUUGUGGAGAGCGCAGACACAAGCAAGUUUUUGUAAUUAUUUCAAAAAGUGCUAGACUAUUUAAUUGAAAGAAAAAUAAAAGAAAUAUAGUUAUUAAUAUAAAUUGUACUGCAAACGUAAAUUAGCCAACAUGCAAAUCUUCGUGAAGACUUUGACUGGCAAGACCAUCACCCUUGAGGUUGAGCCCUCGGACACCAUCGAGAAUGUCAAGGCUAAGAUCCAGGACAAGGAGGGCAUUCCCCCAGAUCAGCAGCGUUUGAUCUUUGCCGGCAAGCAGCUGGAGGACGGACGUACUUUGUCCGACUACAACAUCCAGAAAGAGUCUACUUUGCAUUUGGUGCUUCGCCUGCGCGGUGGCAUGCAGAUCUUCGUGAAGACCCUGACUGGCAAGACCAUCACCCUUGAGGUUGAGCCCUCGGACACCAUCGAGAAUGUCAAGGCUAAGAUCCAGGACAAGGAGGGCAUUCCCCCAGAUCAGCAGCGUUUGAUCUUUGCCGGCAAGCAGCUGGAGGACGGACGUACUUUGUCCGACUACAACAUCCAGAAAGAGUCUACUUUGCAUUUGGUGCUUCGCCUGCGCGGUGGCAUGCAGAUCUUCGUGAAGACCCUGACUGGCAAGACUAUCACCCUUGACGUUGAGCCCUCGGACACCAUCUAGAAUGUGAGGGCUGAGAUCCAGGACGAGGCGGGCAUUCCGCCGGGUCAGCAGCGUUUGAUCUUUGCCGGCAAGCAGCUGGAGGACGGACGUACAUUGUCCGACUACAACAUCCAGAAGGAGUCUACUUUGCAUUUGGUGCUCCGCCUGCGCGGUGGCAUGCAGAUCUUCGUGAAGACCCUGACUGGCAAGACCAUCACCCUUGAGGUUGAGCCCUCGGACACCAUCGAGAAUGUCAAGGCUAAGAUCCAGGACAAGGAGGGCAUUCCCCCAGAUCAGCAGCGUUUGAUCUUUGCCGGCAAGCAGCUGGAGGACGGACGUACUUUGUCCGACUACAACAUCCAGAAAGAGUCUACUUUGCAUUUGGUGCUUCGCCUGCGCGGUGGCAUGCAGAUCUUCGUGAAGACCCUGACUGGCAAGACCAUCACCCUUGAGGUUGAGCCCUCGGACACCAUCGAGAAUGUCAAGGCUAAGAUCCAGGACAAGGAGGGCAUUCCCCCAGAUCAGCAGCGUUUGAUCUUUGCCGGCAAGCAGCUGGAGGACGGACGUACUUUGUCCGACUACAACAUCCAGAAGGAGUCUACUUUGCAUUUGGUAUUGCGUCUUCGCGGUGGCGCUCAAUAAAUUUUCUCAGCACAAUCUCAAAAAAA